CCCCUCCCAUUCGCCCUCUUACCUUCUUCAGAAGCAAAUGCUCAACGCCUCUUCCACGCUGCCUGUCCCCACCUCCAACACCUCCCUCCCUCUAUCUGACGACCGGGACGACGCUCUGGCCCAAGUGGAAAUCGCCAUCUUGGCCUCCAUCUUCCUGCUAGCCACUCUGAGCAAUGGGCUGGUGCUGGGAGCCCUCUUCCGCCGCACUCGCCGGGCCAGCCCCAUGCACCGCUUCAUCUGCCACCUCUGCCUGGCCGACCUGACCGUGGCGCUCUUCCAGGUGCUGCCGCAGCUCAUCUGGGACAUCACCGACCGCUUCCAGGGCCCGGAUGUCUUGUGCCGCGCCAUCAAGUACUUGCAGGUGGUUGGCAUGUUUGCCUCUUCCUACGUCAUUGUGGCCAUGACUUACGACCGCCACCGAGCCAUCUGCCGGCCCAUGCUGGCUUUCCGGAAGGGCCCAGCCAGCUGGCAUCGCCUGGUGGUGGCAGCAUGGACCACAUCCUUCCUCCUCAGCCUCCCACAGCUCUUCAUCUUCUCCAAAACCAAGCUGCCCAGUGGAGCCCACGAGUGCUGGGCUCACUUUGCAGAGCCCUGGGGCAUUCGGGCUUACGUCACGUGGGUGACUCUGAUGGUCUUCGUCUUCCCCACUUUAUUCAUUGCUACCUGCCAGGCCAUGAUUUUCCGUGAGGUCCACCGCAGCCUGCGCCUGGGGCCAGAAGGAGCAUUGCGGGGCCGGGACAGCCAGCAGGGGCCCUCCCCCAUUUCCGGGGCUGUGUCCAAGACUGCAAAGAUGACCCUAGCCAUUGUGCUUAUCUAUGUGUUCUGCUGGGCCCCCUUUUUCCUAGUCCAGCUGUGGUCUGUGUGGGAUCCUCAGGCCCCGCUAAACGGUCCAGCUUUCACCCUCCUGAUGCUCCUCGCCAGUCUCAACAGCUGCACCAACCCCUGGGUCUACGCCACCUUUAGCAGCAGUAUUUCGGGUGAGCUGCGACAAAUCUUCUGUCCCAGACUGGCCCGUCAGCAGAUUAGUUCCCUGCAUGAGGACUCCACCUUCACGGCCAGCUUCUCCCUGGGACGGGAUGCCCUUUCCUGAGCCAGAGCGCCACUAACACCAAUGGUGCACCUAGCAAAGAAUAUGUUCCUUCUGCUGAACGGUGGCUUCAAAGGCACUGGAGCUUUGCCAGAAAGGUGGAAGCAAAAGAAAACCCCAAAGAGGAGCGCCACUCUCUCACCAGCCAGCUCUAUAGGGUGGAAGGAUGCCCAGCUUAACAGAGAAGCCGGCUCCAAGGACACAGGGGCACUUAGGACGGCCGGAAGACCAUUGUUUUCAGUGCCCUCUGGAACCUGUAAAGCAAUGCCUUUCCCAACCCUGGUGUCAUCCAGAUGUUUUAGGCUACAACCCCAGCUGUGCUGGAUGGGGCAGGUAGGAGUUGCCACCCAAAACAUCUGGAAGGCACCAGGUUGGGGGAGGCUGGGCUAGACCAAGCCACCUUAUUAAACACUGCAGCCUUUUUAAGUGAAACAUCCUAAUCUUUUGUAGGAUUUGCUCUUUUUCAUGCUUAGAAGGGGCACUAUGAAGGUGAGGAGGCAGCUAGUAUCCAGAGCUAGUUUCUACCUGCUGAAGUUAAGGAACCUGACUAAGGGCUCAUCCACACUUCUGCUUGUUUCAUGCUGAGAAGACACAGGUCUGAGUGGCUUUCCAUUUCUCUUGUGCUUUGGAGGCACAGGUCCAAAUAGUUUUGCAUUUGUCCCACAGCUUUGCCCAGGAAACCUGCUGUUUACCACAGAAUCCGAACAAAUGGUCAAUCCACAGAAAAACCGAUGGACGUUUGUUCUGAUUCAACAAUAAACAGCAGGUUUCUCUGGGAAAGCGGCAGAACAGGUAGAAGUGUGGAUGAGCCCUUGGUCAUGUUUAUCAGCUCCAGUGGGUCUACUCUGAGUAGGACUAGCAUUAGAUAUCAGCCAUUGAUUUGAUCCAAGGGCCCAACAGGUGCUUGCCCUUUAUUCUAGGAUUGCCAUGUUUCAAAAGCUGAAAAUCCAGACACAAAGUUGUUGAGCUUUUUGAGCUGCACUUCCAGCAUUGGUUGCCAGGUUACCAUAUGGCCAGAAGCUGUUGACGAGGGCUGAUUGCCGGCUAUGUCCUGGAAAUUCCAGGUGUAUGGCAACCCUGUUUUAUUCCAAUGUGGCUUCUGCAGAAGAACCUGCCACUGGAUGGUGCCCCAUGUUAAACUGGUGAAGAGCUGGUUUCCUUCCUCUUCAGAGAACAAACUGUCUUAAAGGCAAACGAGCAACCACAGAGGUAGCAAGUCAAUAUUGACAAUGCCUAUAGGGCAUAUGAAGGGAAGACCAGAAAUCAGCUUGGAGAACAGCCCUGCAAAAUUUGGAGAAGUGUGGAUUUUGAAGGAUGGCUGCAUUUCGGGUCAUGUAUUGUUUCAGGGAGUGUGAAAUAGGUAAAUCCACCUUUAAAUGCAAACUGAAUCAAAUUUCUUCCUCAUCCCUACUUCCC